UACUUUUUAACAGACCUUGUUGUGUGGAUUGUUGUGUGGAUUGUGGCCAAUAGAGCAUUAUUCAAACUUGCUUCAAUUGUUUAAAAUCGGUAAAAUUGUUUAUAACAAAUUAUACCGAGUGAUUGAUUUAAAAACGCAUUAUUAAAGUUAUAAAAAUGAGUGUCGUGUUUGAGCAAGUUAGAGAUAAAUAUUUUAGUGACGAUGAGUGGGAAAAAAUGCCGGAUGCAGAGAAAAAUAGGCAUAAACUGAUGUACGAAAAUUACACGAACUGCGAUGAGGAAUACAGUUAGUUUUUUGUCGUUUUUUUACGUUUUUCGGCCCCUAAUGGUAGAGUUUUAGGAUUUUUAAUGCCCGUACCGGAAUUUUUGAAGAAUAAAACGCCAGAAUUUGCCGCGAAAAAGAGAAGAGAGAGAGAGAAGAGAAGAGUCGACGAUAGCGAUGUUUUUAGGAAACCCUUGUUCAGUGUUAAAAGUUUUGAAGAAAUUCGUAAAAACCCAAUCAGAAGGGCAAAAUUGAAGCCGGUCAAUUUUGAAGAAGUACCGGAACCGAACGAUGACAGAUACGUUUUUUGUGAUAAAUGUGACACAGACAAUGUGGAUUUUUGUAAGAAAUGUGGCGUAUUAAGGUUAAUAAUAGACAAAAAAGUUGCGAUGGGUGUUGAAGAUAGGGCGAAAAAAACUCUGCCCUCGUGCAUGGAGAUACGAGAUUCGCCUAUACACAACUUGGGGGUGUUUGCCAAGGAAGACUUGGAAAACAAUCUCCAAAUGGGACCUUAUGAAGGUUUAGUUACCGACAAGGAUAAUGCUGAAGGAUAUUCGUGGAAAUUAAACAAGGGGACUUUGGUAAAUGGUAUGGACGAGAAGAAUUCAAAUUGGUUGCGCUACGUGAAUUGCGCUAGACACGUGAAUGAACAAAACAUUAUAGCCUUCCAAUAUAGAGGAAAAUUGUAUUACAGAACUUUCAGAAAUAUAAAAAAAGGGGAGGAACUUUUGGUCUAUUACGGACUUAAAUUCGCAACUGAGUUAGGUAUUAAAGAGAAAAAUUACUUCGACGCAAAUCAGAAUAUCGUGGAAAGUAACACCAAGAAGACUAUUAAGGAGAUUGAAAACAAAAUCGAUUAUUUGAUACCCAGAGAAGAGAAAGCAAUUUUGGAUUUUUAUAAAUGUAAAUACUGUUUUUGGUGUUUUACGACAGAAGACUUCAAGUUAAUACAUAUGAAGAGGUGCAAAUCUAGAAAUAAUAAAGUUGGGGAAAAUUUUGAUUGCGUCUACAGCUGCAAGCACUGUCUUAUUCAGUUUUUCAAAAAAGAAUUAUGUUCAAGUCACGAAAAAAAAUGUUUAAAGCCAAGAGUUAGAGUUGAAAAAGAAAACAUGAAAAUUAUGUUCAUAAAAAGGAUGAACAGGAGCAAUUUAAAUGCAAAAAAUGUGAAUUUGUAA